CAGAGCGGCGGAUUUGUAGCAAUGUCGACUCAGGAAGUUGGCAUUUCGGUAACGAAGAAGACGCACACAUCUCAAAUUGAAAUUAUUCCAUGCAAGAUCUGUGGAGACAAAUCUUCAGGAAUCCAUUAUGGUGUGAUUACCUGUGAGGGCUGCAAGGGUUUCUUCAGGAGGAGUCAGCAAAGUAACGCCACCUAUUCCUGUCCUCGUCAGAAAAACUGUUUAAUCGAUCGAACGAGUAGAAACCGCUGCCAACACUGUCGGUUGCAAAAAUGCCUGGCUGUGGGGAUGUCUCGAGAUGCUGUAAAGUUUGGUCGCAUGUCCAAAAAGCAGAGGGACAGCUUGUACGCAGAGGUACAGAAGCAUCGGAUGCAGCAGCAGCAGCGAGACCACCAGCAGCCCCCUGGAGAAGCGGAGCCACUGACCCCGACCUACAGCAUCACGGCUAAUGGGCUGACGGACCUGCACGAUGACCUCAGUAAUUACAUUGAUGGGCACCCCCCAGAAGGUAGCAAAGCCGACUCUGCGGUCAGCAGCUUCUACUUAGACAUACAACCUUCUCCAGACCAGUCGGGGCUUGAUAUUAAUGGCAUCAAACCAGAACCGAUCUGUGACUACACACCCGCAACAGGCUUCUUUCCAUACUGCUCCUUUACCAAUGGAGAGACUUCUCCGACUGUGUCCAUGGCAGAAUUAGAACAUCUUGCGCAGAAUAUCUCUAAGUCACAUAUGGAAACCUGCCAGUACUUGAGGGAGGAGUUACAGCAGAUAACGUGGCAAACUUUUCUACAGGAAGAAAUCGAGAACUACCAGAGCAAGCAGAGAGAGAUAAUGUGGCAGUUAUGUGCAGUGAAGAUAACAGAAGCAAUACAGUAUGUGGUGGAGUUUGCCAAACGCAUCGAUGGCUUUAUGGAACUAUGCCAAAACGAUCAAAUUGUGCUUCUAAAAGCAGGGUCUUUAGAGGUUGUAUUUAUCAGAAUGUGCCGUGCCUUUGACUCUCAGAACAACACAGUAUACUUUGAUGGCAAAUAUGCUGGCCCUGAUGUAUUCAAAUCAUUAGGCUGUGAAGAUUUCAUUAGUUUUGUUUUUGAAUUUGGAAAGAGUUUAUGUUCUCUGCACCUUACUGAAGACGAGAUUGCAUUAUUCUCAGCAUUUGUUUUACUAUCUGCAGAUCGAUCGUGGCUUCAGGAAAAGGUAAAAAUAGAAAAGCUCCAGCAAAAAAUUCAGUUCGCGCUUCAGCACGUGCUGCAGAAAAACCAUCGAGAAGAUGGGAUAUUAACAAAGCUAAUAUGCAAAGUGUCUACCUUAAGAGCACUGUGUGGACGACAUACAGAAAAGCUUAUGGCGUUUAGAGCAAUAUAUCCAGACAUUGUGCGACUUCACUUUCCUCCCUUGUACAAGGAGUUGUUCACUUCAGAAUUUGAGCCAACGGUGCAGAUGGAAGGGUAAAGGUAUCUUCUAAAUACUCCUAGAAUGCCUGAGGUACGAACGUUAAAAACCGAAAGGAAAAGAGAGAGAGAUUAAACGAAACCGAGACACUUUCGUGGCCCCGCUUAGACGUAGGGAGCCAGCACACUGCACAUCUUCCAGAAACCGGAGUCAGGCAGAAGGGUGGGAAAAACGAAGCGCGAGCUGAACUUGUUUUUCUCAUUGGUGCAGUCGUUGCGAUGCCCGCCGAGGGGGACCCUCUUUCCUGCCUGGACUUCUCAGCCGUCAGCCUCUCUUUACGCAGGAGGAGGGUCUUUCUCUGUCCUUGUAACUCACUGCCCACCGAGACUCUCACCGAACGAGGUUCUGUUCGCGAGAACGGGAUCUCCAGCUAGAAACCAGCGACUGGUGUGCCCUGCAGAGGCUUCGCAUCAUCGGUUUUGCACAACUUGCUCAUUGUUUCAUGAAGGACGAUGUCUUUUCACCGUGCCACGGUUGCCGCGGGGCGAAACGGCACGAUGAGAGUCCAUAGCAAUAGCAUUAUAAUCUAUUACAGGGUAAAUGGGCAUGAAGUCAAUAUAUAGCAAAAGAGACGAUAUUGUUUAUAUAUUGUUUUAAUUAAUAUAAAAUGUAGUUACUGGUAUAGCUUUUAUUGUUGAAUUGAUAAGGCACUUUCAUUUUGCACCUUUUUCUUUUAAAUUAUAUGCUGGCGUGUUCAGUGUUGUGCUGCAUGUACACCAGAAAUUCGAGUUGGGAGGGAGAGGACACUGCAAGGGGGUUUGUGCUGCUAUUUCCCACGUCUCCUUCGGAGGAGGAGAGGCUGGCCCAGGUCCCGAAACCCCUUCGGCGGGUUUUGUGGAACGGGCAGGGAGGGAGGAGGGACAUCAAGUUUCUAAACUGUUCUCUGGUUCUGAAAACGAUGAUUUCAUUGGAUGAGCAAAAAAAAGAGGAAAAGAAAUCCCUAGGCUUAGACCAGAUUGCUGACAGUGGGGAUUGUGGAAAAAGAAAAAAAAAAGAGCUACGUUUAAUCACUUAACAAAAUGUGUUGGUUUUUAGUAACAUCUUUUAAAGUCAGCCCAUUUACUGGGGUGAGUAAAUAUGGAUUCCGACAACCAAAUUUAGACACUUGUGUUUUGGAAAUAUUGGUCCUAAUACUUUUGUUUACAUUUAGUGUGUGCGUGUGAGAGUGUGAGAGUGUGGGGGGGGUGGAGAGAGACAGAUUCAACAUAUCAAGACAGGUAGGGUACAUACAGAUGUUUUCUCACGGGUAGUCUCCAUGGAUUUAAAUCUGUAUUCAGUGCAUGGAAGCCCGACGCUUCGCUGAAUUGUGACACUGCUGUUUGCUUGUGCAAAGCUGCUCUUACCCAUGGCUACUUCCUUUGUAAACCGAGAAGUGCUAGUUAAACACUUACUUCCCAACCUGCUUCAAACAGAGGCGUCCAUAGGAGGCGGUCAAAAAAGCCGGUGGCUUUGAUCACGCCGUUGCAACCACCCUCUUGACUGUUUUGAGCCUCCCCAUGUUGAAAUCCAAGCAGUCUGAAUUCAUGCUAUGCCUACCAAAUGCUGCACUUUAGCCACACGUACCUAGAGUCAUGAAUAAGAAGCUGAAUGUUAGGAAUUAUUUACAUAAUGGCCAAUGAAAUCCAGUCAAGCAAUCCUAUUCAGAUGCAACACCUGAUCCUAAAAACGGGUUGGGAGCAGUUGCAAGUUGGGCUCCGGUUCCCCUUUUGACAUUCCAUUCUCUCCUUGGACCACUUCAAAAUCACGGGGGGGCCUCCCCUCAAAAUGUGGCCAUACCAGCUUAUCUCGGUCGGAAGUGUGGUUCCAGUUAGAUUCCUGGUCUUCUGGAUUGUUCUUAUAGCCAGUGACCACGACUGCAGUCCUAUGCACUUUGAUCCGUUGGAAAGCCCCGUUGAAUUCAACGGGGCUUCCUUCCAAAUAGACCUGCAUAAUGCUCUAUGGUAGAGUGGUUUAAUCACCCAUAUUUAAAGGAGCAAAUUACAUAGUAUUUAAUUCUAAUUAUUUCUCUUUCCUGCAUCUUGAAGCAGUGUACGUUAGCGGUGAAUCUUGAAUCAUGUUUACCGAUGUACCUUAGAUAUUUUUAAUUCGUUGACUACUAAGCAGCCCUAAUCAUUCUGAGGGUCAUUUUCAGUUCUGAUUCCAGUUACCUCUUCGAUGGUAAACAUGCCAUCAAGAAUGGAAGCGAUUAAGACGUUUAUUCCAGGAGAAUAGUAAUGUCAGCAAACCCUUCAAGUGAUUCUUUCUUAGAAGUAGAUUUUAUAUAGCAACCUUCAACAUCCCAAUGAUUUGAAUAUCAAGCAUACGUAUGGAUGUUUCUUCUUGUCUCAAAGUUUUUAGCAAGUCCCUUUAUCUAGACAUCACUUUAUUAGGCUGAUAAAACACCAUUGAGAAAAAUACUUUCAUCCUUUAUUAAAUAUUAGAAUUAAGUCAGUUGUAUAAUUACACAAAUGAUGUAAAUUGAUGCAGAUAACAGGAAUCCAUGUUCAAAGUCAGUUGUAUAAUUACACAAUUAGUACAAUUAUACAAGUCAGUUGUAUAAUUACACAAAUGAUGUACAUUGAUGCAGAUAACUUGAAUUCAUAUGCAAGUACUAGAAGAUACUACUUCCCCCCAAAUGGUCUGUUAAACUGAGACCUUACUAAGCUAUAUUUUGCUUUUUGGGUUUUUUUAAGAAUAUAUAAUAUCUAGCAGGUAGUAACAUUUCUUUUUUCAUUGGUUAAUGCGUUCUCCCAUGUGCUACUAUUUUACCUUUUUAAAUGGUCUUUAAACCGUAUUAACUACCAUUUAAAUGGUAUUUAAACUUUUUAAAUGGUACUUCAUAAAAGUUGCAUGAGGGGUCAAGUCUUGUUAUUUUCCAUAGUUUUCGUUUAGUGCUGAGUAAACAGCUGGAAUUUUCCUAAAUAUUGAGAAAUGCCCUGCUAAUUAUUUGGCACAGAAAAUACAACUUUGCCUGUUUCUCUCUCUCUUUUUUUUUAACGCGCUUCAGAAUUAUGAAACCAGUUUGGUCACAUCCCAAAAAAUGUUUGGAUAAAACUUUUCCCUCUCUCUCCCUCUCCCCCUCCUAUUUUUUAAAGUCAAAGUUUGCUGCAGCUUAUAUAGGCUUAAAUAGUUACGAGAGAAUCCGGUGUGUCAACAAGCAGGCAUAAAGCAGAGCUGAUAAUGGACUAUAAUGAGUUGUCUGUAUGUCUAAUUGGUUAAUGUAAUCUUAGCCUGUGAACAUAAAGGAACCCAUCCAAACAUUUUAAAGCAAUAGGGGCCCAGCUGACGGAGAGUUUCUUCUGGAUCCGUGUUUCUCA